GUGGACUGAACUGAACGACAAGAGCGUCCUAUUACCGGUCGUAUGAAUGUCUUUACUUUUACGGGUGAAUAGCUGACGGGGUUGCCAGCAGUAAAUACGACGAUGGUGUGGCCGGAUCUCGAAGAACAGAGAUAACGAGAGCCUCGAGGGGAACGAGCCUACAACGACGUGUAUGGAGUCUUGGCGGUGUUCGACUGACAGAGAAGGAAGUCCGAAGCUCUCGGAGGCUCUGCGACAGAACGCGUGGUGCAGAAGCUGAGUCUUGCAGGGUGCGAGCUGACGCCUGGCGGCGUGCAACACGUUGUGCCGUGCUGUGCAACUCUGUCCUCUCCCCUGCAGCAUUCGACGACUCAGCCUCUCUACACGACUCGAUCGGUGAACUGGGAUGCCCUCAGUGCUUAGCCAGUGUUUUGGAGACUAACCAAGUAUUGGAACAUUUGAUUCUGAAUGGCUGCAGCCUAGGAGAUGAUGGCUUGGAACCAAUUUGUAAAUGCAUUAUGUCGCAACAGAACAUUGUGAGUUUGGAGCUGGGUAACAAUGGACUCACUGACAGGAGUGGGCUACUCCUUGGGGAGUGCCUCAAGUUUAACUUCAAGCUAGAGGGGCUUUCUCCUUUGCAGAAUGAGGUGGGGCCAGCAGGGGCACAAAGCAUUGCCAAUGGUCUACAAGCCAACAAGAGCCUUCUGUGGCUCGGGCUGGGCAGUAACAAGGUGGGGGUGGAGGGAGCAUGGGCUCUGUCUGAGGCUCUGCAGACCAACAGCUCCCUGCUGUGGCUGGGACUGGGAGGCAAUGAGGUGGGGGACAGAGUGAGCCUGACCUGGCAGGUCUUCUGCAGGAAACAUGUGCUGUUUGCAGUCUCUUGGACUAGGGGGGAAUGAGAUUCAUAAUGAAGGGGCUGCUCACCUUGCCCUUGCUCUCAGAGUGAACCGGAGACUGCGCUCCCUUGGUCUUGGUGGGAACCAGAUUGCUAUGAUGGAGGAAGAGCUCUAGCAUAGAUUUUGACCACAACCAGACGUUGAAGAAGCUGUUACUCUCCAGCAAUCUUUUAGGAGACAGAGCUGUGGUACAGCUGGCCUCAGCUCUGGAGGUACACUGGACUAGAGAUGCUCCUCAUUGCUGACAACCCUUUUGGAGAUGAGGAGGGCAACAACUCACGUCUGUACUCUGUAGAACCAACAGGACACUCCAAGUUCUGGACUUGCAUGGCACCCACAUGGCUAGGACAGUGGAGAGAGAAGUGGUUCAAGACCUUCACCAGUACAGCUCCCUAAGAAAGUUAGGCUCAGGCUUUGGGUCUAGAGGAGCUCACCACAGUGCACUUGAAGGUCUUGCCAAGAGAGAAGAUAGACAAAGACAAGAACAACACUUUCAGUUGCAAGCUGCUACACCCUCCUCUAAUCUAUACUGACAUUGGUGCUUCAGUUUAUGAUGUUUUGCGCAUGCGCGUGAAUUUAUUCUUCUCAUGGCGGCGGAGGCGGAGCACGUGUCAGGGAGGGACGAAGACAUAAACGGAGAGAAAUCUGCAGGCAUCCCCGAGGCUGUAUUUGUUGAAGAUGUGGAGGAGUUCAUGCAAUUGCCUGGCAACACUUCAGCAGAAGUUGUUCUCCGGAGGUUUGACGAGCAGCACAACAAGUACAAGUUCAUGGAGGCCAAUCUGAGGCAGAAGAAGCAGAGACUCAAGGCUCAGAUCCCUGACAUUCAAAAGACACUGGAUGUUGUGAAGUUUCUGAAGAGCCGGCAGACCAGCUCUGACACUCACACCAGUCAUUUCAUGCUAUCUGAGGGAGUGUUUGCCAGUGCAGAAAUUCCUCCAACCAGCUCUGUUCUUCUUUGGCUUGGGGCUAACGUCAUGCUGGAGUACCCGAUUGAUGCAGCUGAGCAGUUGCUGUCCAGGAAUCUGACACAGGCAGAGAGUAGUCUGCGACAGGUGGACCAAGACAUGGACCACAUUAGAGACCAGUGUACAACUCUUGAAGUUGGUAUGGCACGUGUCUACAACUGGGACGUUAAAGAGAGGAGAAAGAAAAAAGGAACUGCAGCAGCGUAGUGUGUGUUGUUUUCUGUAUCAUAGUGUAAGCCCUCACCUCUAGCUCUAUCGUAACCUAAUUGCGCACGCGCACUUCAGCGUUCGGCGUGUACGUGUGUGCGCUACAAGCUGGGGGAUGGCGAAGAUGGGCGAGCUACGGUAUCAUCUUGGCUUCUGCAGUGAGAUCUGCUCAGAAGCUCUUCCCCACGCUCUUCCCAAAGGACAGAACAACCCUCAAGUCUGCCCGUACGGAUUGUACUGUGAGCAGUUGUCAGGGACGGCCUUCACCUGUCCUAGGAGCACCAACCGCAGGAGGUUGCCAUUAUUUUCCAGUGCUUGUCGUGAUGUGGUGUCUGCCAUUCAGUUGGUUGUACAGAAUCCGACCAAGUGUUGUCCACGACCCAUUCAAAGCUCUAACCCAGAGUACUUUUACCAACGACUUCAGAGCGUGUCCUCCCAAUCCAAACCAGCUGCGAUGGCAGCCGUUUGACCUGCCAAAGAACCCGGCUGACUUUGUGGAGGGAUUGGCUACAGUGUGUGGAGCUGGAGACCCAAAAGCUAGAUCUGGGGUGGCUGUUCAUGUCUAUGCCUGUAACCAGUCGAUGAAGAACAAGUGUUUCUACAAUGCAGAUGGAGAUUUUCUAAUAGUCCCCCAGACUGGAGACCUACACAUCUUGACUGAGUUUGGCCAGCUCCAUGUGCAGCCCCGGGAGAUCUUGGUGGUUCAGGUACAUAUGUCUGUCCCACUUGCAGGAAACGGUAUGCUCGUUACCUUCCAGCAAGGCAUGCGGUUCAGUGUCCAGGUCAGUGCACCCAGUAGAGGCUACAUUCUGGAGGUCUUCAACACACACUUCCAGCUGCCAGACCUUGGGCCUAUUGGAGCCAAUGGGCUUGCCAAUCCUCGUGAUUUCCUGAGUCCUGUGGCAUGGUUUGAAGAUGUGGACAGCGUAGACUAUCUGGUGGUCUCCAAGUUUCAGGGUUCUCUCUUCUCCAGCAGACAGGACCAUUCUCCAUUUGACGUUGUGGCCUGGCAUGGAAACUACUAUCCGUAUAAGUAUGACCUAGCAAAGUUCAUGGUGGUCAACGCUGUCUCAUUUGACCAUGCGGAUCCCUCCAUCUUCACUGUCCUCACGUGCCCCAGCAACACCCCUGGUGUGGCAGUGGCUGAUUUUGUCAUCUUCCCUCCUCAGUGGAGCGUCCAGGAGCACACGUUCCGACCCCCUUGGUACCACCGCAACUGUAUGAGUGAGUUCAUGGGUCUACUGUAUGGGCGCUACCAGGCCAAGGAGGAGGGGUUUGCUCCUGGAGGUGCCAGUCUGCACAGCAUGAUGACUCCUCAUGGUCCAGACCAGGAGGCCUUUGAGAAGGCGAGUUGUGUGGAGUUGCGUCCAACCAAGUUGGAGGGGACGAUGGCAUUCAUGUUUGAGAGCUCAUUCAGCAUGGCAGUGACUCAGUGGGGGCAGAACGGCUGCUCCAAGCUGGAUGGCAGUUACUACAGGUGCUGGCAAGGCCUUAGGAAGAACUUCGACCCAAACUGGAAGCCACAGCAAACAGAAGAGCCGCUAACAUCACCAGAAAUUAUCCAGAGUUGAAACAAAAAUUUUGAGGUGUAUUGUGAAUUUGUGAUUGAGGUGAUGAUGUAAUUCAUAAUGUGGUUAUGGUGUUGCUAAGAACUAGUCUGCAUUUGUCUUGCCAGUUCCACUUCUCUUGCCAACUGCACUCGAUCUUCCAUCAGCUAUAAUUAUAUUAUGUGUGGGAAAAGAGACAAUAAGCCACCAAUCGCUAGUUACAAGAAUCGAUCUUUACCCGAAAUAAUUUUUCCUCAAGUUCUCUGUUUAGGGCUUGGAGAGUUGCGUUUGUGUCUUUUAAGGAACGAAUUGUUGUCUGUAGUUCAGACUUGUCUCGUAACAGGCUGCAAGCUUUCGUCAGGAGGCGGUUCCUUGGCCUCCCUCUUUGGAGGAGGAGGUCUGCGUGGCUUGGGAACAGGAGGGAGUAGUGGAACUUUGUGGGCAGGAGGCGGAGGGCGAGCUGUCCCGGGAAGAAGAAGAGCAUUAGUGGAAGAGUCAAUGCUGGGUGGUGGAAGAGAAGGUCCAGUGGAUGAUAUGGAGCCAGUUGAGGCUGAGCGACCACGUGUCUGAGGUGGCAAGUCACUGUCUUCUGCCACUGGCUU